AAUGUUGCCAUUUUGAAGACUAUCCUGAAAGUGACAUAGGCACGGAAGUAAUUAGUCGAAUUAUUGAAGAAAAGUGCAUCGAAAAUUGCAAGCAGCUUAGUGGUUUAACGGUGACGCUACUGCGCUUCUGAGAAUUUCAAGCUCUUCGCGACCAACUCGAUCGGCAAAGCUGAGAUACACCAUCAACAUUCACAAAUACGUGUUUGCAGCCAUAUAACUAUAAAAAGUUUUCUCUUCUAAAAUUGUAAUGCAAAAUCACUAGAAAAAAUCCAGAAUUUUCGAAGAUGAAUCGUUGACUAAUGUUCCCUUCAUCUAUUAUCAGCGACAAUGAUUCAGAAUUUAAGUCUGGCUUGUGGACUUAACAACAGAAUCCUUUGAUCGUUGGAGCCCACAGAGUCUAGAUUCAGGAGAGGCUACACCGACGCAACAGUUAAGGGCCCCUGAACAACCAUUGUUUGCAUUUACCCCUCGGUGACCAAGAAACUGGAUUCAUUGGUGAGUGCGACUAGCAGUGUUUGGACCCUUAAGGUUUUUCUACACGUCCACAACUGGUCCCGAAUCUCAGCCUGACUACCUAACAUUGCAGCCAUUCAAGACGUACUAAACAGCCAUAUAUACACAUGUCGAUCCGAGGAACGAAUACUUCAUUCGUCCAUUGUUCAUUUUGGUGAAGGUGUCAAUGCGUUCUUUAGGGCCUUUUAUAGAAGCCCUUCUCAUUCACUGUCAUCCACUCCAGCUUCGGCGUCUUCAUGGACAGCAGCUUCGCUGCAGCAGAUGAUGUCGACAGGCAAUACCAUCCCACCAACAUACCCGGGUCUGCUAAAUUAUUACGCCAGCUGGAACAUUUCUCUGGCAUCGUCAUCGUCAUGCAACGUAACGCCGGUUCCACGUCUCCCAGGUGACUUGUUGCAGGGCACCGCUACGGCGUCCGCAGCUCCCUCAUUUGAUAACAGGAAUGAUGAAGGCUACGGCUGGAAGGAAACAGAUUACAGUGGCCACUUGGCCGCUGGCUUGGGUCUCGUCCUCCUGGCCACCAUCACUACUCUCGGCAACUCGCUCGUCAUACACGCCAUAAGGACCGAGAAGAGGCUAAGAACGGUCUCCAACUUAUUCCUGAUGAGUCUGGCCGUGGCAGACCUCAUCAUCGGAGUGAUCGUCAUGCCAAUCACUGCAGCGUACACGAUCACAGGUCAGUGGCUGUGGGGAGAGGACGUGUGCAAGUUCUGGCUCGCCACGGACUACACGGCGAGCACCGCCUCCAUCUUCAACCUCGUGGUGCUCACUCUCGACAGGUACUGGUCGGUGAUGGCACCGCUGCGUUACCUCAGACGCCGCACGCGCAAACGGGCGCUGUUGCUCAUCGGGGGUGCCUGGGCGGCAGCAUCGCUGUGGCUGCUCCCCGUACUCUUCUGGAGCUCCUUCAGUCCCGGGGCGCGGGCGCAACGCAAGCCGCUCGAGUGCGAAACUGACUUCGCACACAAUAUCCUCUUCAAGUUGGUUACAUCGGCUCUCAACUUCUACGUUCCAUCAGCGCUCAUUGUGAUUCUUUACUAUCGUAUCUUCCGCACUAUCCAGAAACGGACGGCAUCAUUCCCUCAAACGGAUCACCAUCAACACGAAACUCUACAGCAAACCACCUCAACCUCGUCUGAGACUUUAGGGGAGAAAAGUAACAAUAGGCGGAACUUUAAGAGAACUUCGGGAAGGAGCACUUUUAACGAAAAGGAGAGUAUUGGAGUUCGCGUUGAGACGUUUGAAGCGUUGACCGUCGUGGGUGCAGACGAGGAGCCCAAUUCGGCGUCGUGUUUCAAGGGCGUCACCGUUCAAGUGGAGUAUCUGAGCGACCGCAGUCACCAUAUGCAUCACAGAGCUUGUUAUCCCCCUUGCCAUAUGCAGGGCCUCUCAAGCCAUGUAAAUAAUCCUCCAAAGUGUGGGGAAGGGAGCAAGAGUAAAUAUUAUAGAAAAACAUUACCUACAUUACUAUCCAGCGGCUCCACCAGCAACGUCCCUGGAUGCUCCACGCACGCCGCAAGCUUCAAAAAUGCGGCGUUGACAAAGUCCCGCAAGCCAGGCAAUCUGAACCUAGCGAAAGAGCGCAAAGCUGCCCGACAACUGGGCGUGAUCAUGGGGGUUUUCUUAGCCUGUUGGCUGCCCUACUUCACCAUAUUUCCAGUGAUAGCUCUGUGUAGCUCGUGUGUGCCUUACAGUGCACACAUGGCUACCAUCUCCUUAGGGUAUCUCAAUUCAGCUUUAAACCCUGCAAUUUAUCCGUUAUGUAACCACCAUUUCAGGAGAGCUUUCCAACGCAUGGUCAGAUGUCACGACCGUCAGCAGCAUUCGGAACAUUGUAUUUCUACGCUGCCGCUAACCACUCACUGAUUAGCCUGCAGGUCCCUAAUAGUUACGAAAAAUAACUUCGCGGGAAAUGUUCCAAUUUUUGUGAACUGAUGAAUCCCAAAGGCUAUAAUAUGUAUUAUAUGCUCAGGAAAAAGUAUGGACUGACAUAGAUAAACGGAUAUCAAUUCACAAGUUCCAACCAUGGACAGUCUUUUUCAGAGUUGGAUGGACUGUUAAUAACCCAGCCAAAACAGGUUUUCUUUUCAUAGAUAAGUGUAAGUGAAUCGACGCAGUCUAUUUGGUACGUCUUGUUGAUAGAUUUUGAAUUCAUAAUCGAUCUAUUUUCAAACACGUGAUUUUAUUAAGCAUCGAAGGAAUAACAUUUAAUCCGCAAUUCAUUCACCAGAAUGUUCAUCGGAUGGAAAUUAUUUUCUAAAGUGUAAAUGAAUCAUGAUGAUUUUGCAGAAAAGCGACAGAGACCUGUUACUUAAACAAGAAUAACGACGCGAAUAAUAAAGCAAAAUUAGGAAAACAAAAUCUGUCAUGAACAAAAUUAUUUGAUAUCUUAAAAGUCAGGUACAUCUUCACCUUCAAGGGCAAAAUAGCGCUCAUUCCCAAGUCGCGCUAAACCGUGGGACUCACUAAUUUUCUAAAUAUUCUAAUUAACAUGCUUCGAAUUUCAAUAUAUAAAGUUUCGAAAGCUAGGACAGUUUUUGAAGAAAGUAUUAAUAAAAAAAUUACGUGUAUUAUAAUGAAAUAAGAUCGUAGUUUCGCUUUACUCGUACAUUGUAUUUCAAUCUCCAAAAAUAAAGUUCUUUUCUCGAUUCGUCUCUCA